AUGAUUCUUUGUCCACUAAAAUUAAUAAUAAGUUAGAUUCAUUCAAAUAAUAUAAAGAAUAUCAAAAAUGUCAAUAAAUAUUACAAGAAUUAUCAUCUUAAUUAGAUUAAUAAUCAUAAUUAGUUCAAUGUCCAUCCAAAGUUAAUUCACUUAAUUAUGAAAUAAUUAAAGAUAAUUCUAUUAAUUAAAAUGAAUGGUGUUUAGCAAUUGCUUUUAAUAAAGAUUGUUCAUGUGUAGUACUUAGUUGUGAUAAUUAAAUAAAACAAUCUUGAAAUAAAUUCAAGUCUUAAAUCAACAUCAAAAUAAUGUAUACACUUUAGUUUUCAUGAAAAAAUUGAAUUAGUUUAUAUCAGGAGAUUACGAUGGAUCUAUUUAAUUUGGUCAAGCAAUAACAAUAAUUAAUGGAAUUGCUCAUAAAUAAUUUAAGCACAUAAUAAGUCAAUCCAAUGCUUAAUUUUAAAUAACAAUGAGGAUCUAUUUAUAUCCAGUAGUUCUGAUAAUACUAUUAAAUUUUGGGUUAAACAAAUGAUUGGAUCUGUUAAUAAACUAUCACAGAUCAUAAGGAUUGGGUUUAUUAAUUAAGUUUAAAUGAUUAAGAAAAUAAAGUUAUUUCUUGUGGAGGAGAUAAGUUAAUAUUAGUAUUUGAAUACUCUGGAAAAAAUAAAAAGUGGAUUGUUAUUUAAAAUAUUCAAGUUGAAUGUAAAGGAUAUCGCAUAUGCUUUAUGCAAUUUGAUGCAUGUCUACGAAAUGAAUGAUAUAAGUAAAUAGUUCACUAAAAUUAAAGAUAUUGUUGUUAAUCAAUGUAAUAGUAAUUCUUAAAGUGGGUUAUUUGCAUAAUAAUUUAUGAAAUAAAAAUAAUUAUUAGUGAGUAAACAUGGUAAUAGUAUCAAUUUAAUCAGAAAAACAGAUGAUAAUCAAUUUAAAGUUGAGUAGUCUAUUCAAUUUGACAGUAGAUGUAUAUAUGGGUAAAUGAGUGAUGAUGCAGAGUAUUUGAUUACUUGGGAUCAUAAAUCUAAAUAAAUACAAAUCAGGAAAUAUACAGAAAAAUGA